AUGGAGGUCGAGUCGGCAGGUUCAGCCUCCAGUUCACAUGGAAAACAAGCUGCAUGUUUAAAUUGUCGGCGAAGCAAGAUUCGCUGCAACCGCCUGGCAGGCGAGUCCAGCUGCGAGAAAUGUAAGCAGACCAAUGCAGAGUGUAUUGUGCCCAACCAUCAUCUAGGCCGACAGAAGGGUGUUAAGAAUAAACGCAAGGGCCUGGAGAAAGCGAUACAUCAGAUCGAGCAGGCAAUCAAGCGGCCCAAAGUUGACUCUAGUGACGGUGAUGCGCAAAGGGCUAUUUCAGUCCUACAGGACCUUCUUGGUCAAGUCCAGGGCCAGUUGACCCAGAAUCAACAUGAGAAUACGAACGACCUCUCAGAGGUACCAGAUUAUCCGCGCAUGACCCCUCCACGCGAUACUCAUGCGGAGGAGAGUCUUGCUCUUGUCGAUGCAGAAAACCCCCUCCAGCUGCUUGCCAGAGCUUCAGAUCUUCAGCUUUCGCCGACGGGGGUGCGUCCUGCGCCAAGACGUCCAAUGCAAUCGUCAGAGGGUUCAUUUUUCCUUCAAAGCACCCCGAUGAGAGAACCGAGUGGCAAGUCAUUUUUUGUUCCCACAAAAGCAAAUCUGGAUGUUGGACCUGAACUUGACCCUGUUGAGCUGGGUUUGGUUACAUUUGAUGAGUCGGAGUCUUUAUUUUCAUUCUUCUACCAAAAUCUCGCACACACUCGAUGGGGCCUCGAUCCUUUGAUACACACCCCGUCCUUUGUACGGUCCCAGUCGGCUUUCCUUUUUACUUCAAUUAUGGCAGGAGCUGCCCUAUUUUUACCAUCUGCUGCUGCUCUAUCCAAAAGACUAUCUAGGCAUUGCAAAUGGCUCGCGAAGCGUGUGUUCACACACCGCCAUAGGUCUGCUGAGAUUGUUCUGGCUUUCAUGGUGAACGUUCCAUGGAUGAACCCUGGUGAUAGACUGGGGGACGAUGAUACUUGCUCCUAUAUUGCCAUGGCUCUCACUGUUGCUCUAGACUUAUCUUUGAACAAGAUUGUCUCGCCAUCUUCAAGCUUUCAACAAGAACUCAUGAAUCGUCUGGCACGAGCAGAGUGUAUUGAUGCGAAGAGGGCUUUACACAUGGAUGGAUUUGAUGAUGUUGACCCAUCAUCAGAGUGGGGCCUCAGGUUGUUACGAAGACGGGAAAGAGCAUGGAUUGCGUUGUAUGUUGUUGAGAGGGGUGUUUGCCUUGCACGUGGACGAAGCUAUACGGUUCCGCCAACAACGCUCAUAGAAAACUGUGAUCGUUGGCACCUCUCCAAUAUUGCAGACCCGCGUGAUGGUUCUAUGAAUUCUAUGGCAGUUCUUCGAAGGGACCUUGAUGGACUUUUUCAGAAAGUCAAAUCAAGCUGUGAUACUUAUCGCGUCGUCGAUACCGGCUCAGAAGCUGCCCAGCUAAUCAAGGAAACCAUUCAAACCUUCUACGAGCGGUGGUAUGCAACUUGGGCCUUGUCCAUUGGGGAGGAAGACACAUGCUCUUUACCCCCAUAUGUCGAGAUCCUUGUCACGCAUACUCAGUUGUCCACCUACGGUGGUGUCAUUAAUCACCCAACAGCUCCAAUUGAGGUUAAACGUUUCUUCCGCGCGGCUGGUCUAUCGUCUGCAUUGAACGUCCUGCGAGCAGCCAUACAGGGCGAAUCCCGACUGAAAUCAAUGCCAAACAAUACCGUCAUCAUGAUCUCCUUUGCUGCGUGCUCUGCCCUCAGUCUCAGCGUAACACCUGGCGACAGCAGAUCCAGUUUGGCGCCGAGCGUCCGAAAUCUCAUCGAAGAGACUGCCGGCGUCCUAGAGAGAAUAGGAUCAACACCAAGUCAUCGAAGCGGCGCCUCUGUGCUUUACGGAAGAUUCUUGCGUGAGUUGAUCCGACGUGCACCGGCCUUGCCUUUACAAUCCCGAGGAAAUCCAUCCAAAGUCGAUCCACCCGAGCCGACAUUUCCGUCUGCUUGUCUGGAUCAUUCUGCGGUUCCCGUAACACUACCGCCCGAGGAUCUCUGGUCUGAGCCAUUGCAGUUCUCUGCCAUGUCUGAUAAUCAGAUCGUCGAUGCAGUCAACCGGGCGGGCACCGCGUUUGGUGCGUCGAUCCCGGAUGUGCCUCUUGAUGACAUGCUUAAUUGGGAUUGGCUUGACUUUGCCAACCCGGAUUUCAAUUUUUAG